AUGCUGCCCGAUUUCAUCGCCAAAUGCUUGUUCCGUUUCGUGGGCCCACACCUCGCCACCCAACCGAACCAACCUUCAGACGACCCGCACGUCCUCAACCUCAUGCGCCAACUCAUCACCCUCGACCAAGGUGAAACCCACAUCACCCCCUAUCUCCACCGGGCCGGAAACCUAGCUUGCCAGCUGGCGGCCUCCGGGCGUCCCCUCACCGCCCACGAGUUCAACGCCCUCGUGCUCAGGGGCCUCAGGCCCGAGCUGAGGGAACUUGCUCUCGGCUUGGCAGCCCGCCCGAGCCCCGUCCCCUUCACCGAGCUUCACAGUUUCCUCGUGAGCCAUGAGUUCAUCCGCUCGCAUUCGCCCGCUUUCUCUCUCCCGAAUUUGGUUUGCCAAUGGUGCAUGGCCUCAGGACACAACGCGAGGUCAUGCAGUCUUCUGAACGAGCACGCUAGGGUUUUGGACCGGGAGACUACUUAUCCCGGUUGGCCGAGCUCGGCAAAAGUCGAGGAAAAGCAAAUUGCAGAUAUUAAUAAUUUGAAGUCGAACGAAUAUUCGUCCAAGUGGGGAGUACUUAAGGGUGACCACGACCUCGAUAUAACUACGGUGGAGACGAAGGGCAUAGGGACGAUCGGGCGCCAUGAUUUUCCAGAGGAUUUUGUGUUCGGAGUUUGCACUUCAUCUUAUCAGUUUGAAGGCGCUGCAGCAGAAGGAGGAAGAGGCUUAGGUGUAUGGGAUGUGUUCUCUUUGGAGACUCCAGAUAGAAUCUUCGACGGGACGAAUGGGAAUGUUGCAGUGGAUAUGUAUCAUAGAUACAAGGAGGAUAUAGAUAUGAUGAAGAAAAUGGGGUUUGAGGCAUGUAGAAUUUCAAUAUCAUGGCCAAGGAUCUUGCCUGCUGGAAGACGCACGGCGGGAAUCAAUAGAGAAGGAAUCAAUUUCUACAAUGAUCUCAUCAACACAUUACUCGCCCAUGACAUUGAACCUUAUGUAACUCUAUUUCACUGGGAUCUCCCUUACUGCUUAGAACAAGAAUAUGGUGGCUUUUUAAGCAAGAGAGUUGUGAACGAUUUUCGCGAGUUUGUGGAGUUGUGUUUUUGGGAAUUCGGGGAUCGUGUGAAGUCCUGGAUUACGGUGAACGAGCCAUGGACAUACUGCACGUCAGGCUAUGUCUCGGGCAAAUUUCCGCCGAGCAAGCCAGCAGCCCCUGCUCACAAAAUCGGAAAGAGUCUUACCACUUAUCGAGCCGUUCACGACCCAAAGUCGAGCGUACCAAGUCACCACGGUUACUUUAACUACUCAGAGUCCGACCCGGCCAGAGAUGCGUACACGGUGGCUAGAAAUUUGCUACUCGCUCAUGCUGCAGCAGUUCAUUCUUACAGGACAAAAUUCCAGGAACUUCAAGAGGGCAAAAUAGGAAUGGUAUUAUGCUGCCAAUGGUACGAGCCUCUGGACGACAGCUCGGAGGAUGAUAUAGCAGCCUCUAAAAGAGCCAUGGACUUUAUGUUGGGCUGGUUUUUGGAGCCAGCGUUAACCGGUAGAUAUCCAGAAAGUAUGAUAAAAUAUGUUCCUUCAGAAAAUCUGGCACAGUUAUCAGAAGAGGAGGCUCAAAUGCUCAAAGGCUCCAUUGAUUUUCUGGGUUUGAAUUAUUACACAGCCAAUUAUGUGGCCAAUGAUAUCAGCCACAACACAGAGAAGUCCUAUUUUAAAGAUCAAAAAAUUGCAUUUCUUGAUGAGAAGAAUGGGAAGCUAAUUGGACCAUUAGCUGGUUCAACAUGGUUGUACAUAGUGCCAUGGGGAAUCUACAAGCUCUUGAAGCAUAUCAAAGACACAUAUAAAGACCUUCCCGCCAUCUACAUAACUGAAAACGGCGUUGAUGACAAAUAUGACUGUAAGCUUACAUCUUAUGAUGUUUGUGCUGACACAACUCGGGUUAAGUACCAUGAAGACCAUCUUCAAUACAUUCUAAAAGCAAUGAAUGAGACGAACGUGAAUGUAAAGGGCUAUUUCGCAUGGGCGUACUGCGACAAUUUCGAGUGGUAUGAAGGGUUCACCGUUAGAUUUGGGCUCGUCUACAUUGACUUCAUGAAUAAUCUCACGAGAUAUCCAAAGAGCUCGGCUCUGUGGUUCACUAAAUUCCUGAAGAAAAGAAGAGGCGCGAAAGCAAAAGAUAAGACCGGCGAAGGAAUGAGUUACGGAAAUGUGAAAUUUAUCAAAGAUUAG